GUCGGUAUGGACGACAGUGCCCUGUGAAGAUGGAGCUCAGCGGAACAUGGGACAGGAGAAGGCAAGUGAUCUGUGGGUCGCUGCGAAGGAAGGAGAUGUCGAUACGAUCACAAGGAUCUUCCGUGACGUAGAAACCACCGUCAACGUCAGCGAGAACGGUGCAACUCCAUUGUGGAUUGCCUCAAAGCAUGGACACACCGAUGUCGUUCGAGCCCUGGUCGACGCGGCAGACGUGGACUGGACAAAUGAAGAUAGCGAGACUGCUCUGUACGCCGCCGCACAGGAAGGUCAUGUGCAUGUUGUGGAUGUCCUGGUUCGAUAUGCCAAUGUGAACUUGGCGAAUGCGGUCAGUGCGUCGCCGUCCUCUUCGUCUGAAUUCCACCGUCAGGAUGGAGCUACCCCACUCUACAUUGCAUCGGAGAUGGGCCAUGCCGAUGUGGUCGAGCGCUUGCUACAGCACGAUAGAGUCGAUGCCAACCUCUCAAAUCGGAAUGGUGCUACGGCUUUGCACAUCGCCAGUGAGCGAGGACAUGCGGCGGCGGUGGCGUUGCUACUUCCGCGAACGAAUGCUGCUCUCCAGGACAUGGAUGGCUGGACUGCAUUGCACGCGGCGGCAUACAGCGGACAAGCCAAAGUUGUCGAGCUGUUGGCGGCAUCGGGGCUAUUUGACGCGACAGCUACAACAAAAGGCGGCGACAGUGCUGUGGACCUCGCAACCGAGGAAGGCUACGUUGAUGUUGCGCGGCUGCUGCGUCAAGUUUCAAGCAUGGCUUCCCCAGCAUCCAUCGCAAUUCCACCAAUGUGGCCGUGUCUGUGGCUGGUGGAACCUACCACGGGCUACCACGUGUACCCCAAGAAAUGGCUGUCGGAAAAGUGGAUGCGCCUUCGACCAAUGUGCCCCCACGUUGCUGAGACGGCUGGCCACGUUGUGCGUGCUAGCAGUGCAUCCAUUCGCGCAUUGCUUCCAUUCCUCCGCACGACGCUGCAAUUUCUCACAGCCACGGCAUUGCUGGCCGAGCACCCCACCGCCUCGGUCGCUCGACCGAAUCCAUUCCUGCUGUCUGUACUCGACUCUGCGCCCAUCGUCGUGCCCGCCUUGGUCCAUGCUGUCGCUGCCAUGUCGUUCCUGCACAACGAACCGAUUGAACGCAGCAACAUGGAGAAACAACUCGAGCAACUCGUGGCAGCUCUGCACGACGAUGUCGACGUGGCGACUAUUGCCGACGACCUCAACAAGAUCUGGGCAGCAUACGAGGUCGACCCGUCCAGUAUUAAAGCUCACAAGGACGUUCUGCUGGGCCUACCGUCCUUGGGCCACCAUGGCGUCGACCUCGACUACGGAACGGCGGCCAACUAGCCCCUGACGCUUCAAUUGCUCUGUAAAUCAACAUGUUCGUUGCGCUGGCACAGCAGAAUGACGUCGUUUGCGACGGAUGGGACGCAAACAGUCGCCCACGACUUGC